AUGAACAUAGGAUCAAAUGAUCAUCAGAGAUCUUCAGGAUCAUCAUCAUCAUCAUCAAGAAAAAGCAGGAAGAACAACAGUUCAGAGAAACCUAAGCAGCCACAAAGAGGAUUGGGUGUUGCUCAGUUGGAGAAGAUAAGACUUCAUGGUCAGAUGGCCGCAUAUAAUUCAUCGGUUUCAACACCAUCUAAUUCUUCAUCCAUAUGCUCAUAUGGGUUUCAACCUCAUCCACAAAAUUUUCUGAUGGGUUUGAAUUAUGAACAUAACAGAGCAAACAUCAGCUUUGGUGAUUCCCAAGCUACCACAACAAGGGAAGAAGGGAGCAUGGGUCUUCUGAAAAGUGUUGAGAAAUUCAAGCCUCAAGCUGGUUGCAGGUUUGCUAUUUAUGCAUACUGGUGGAUAAGGCAAUCCAUUAGGAAGGCGAUUUUCUAG